AAGAGGGCUUCUUGCAGGGCUUAAAAUCUCUCCACGUCCCAGUAGGGAUCCAGCCAGCCCCACCCCUUCUAAACAUCUCUCUCUCUCUCUUCCUCUCUCUCGUUCUCUCUUACACACUACUGGAAAGAGAGAGAGAUUGAAGCGCAGGGGAUCGGAGUACUGCUUUUUCCCUCCCUAAACUGUACUGCUGUCCACCUGUGCAGGAUUAUCUCCGUCCAGGCAGCAGACAGGAGACUGUAAAACAUCCAUCGCUUGCCAGGCGGAUUACUUGAGGAUGAACCGCCGUUUGGUGGGAAGAAAGACAAGGGACUAAGUUGCCAUUAUCGCCUCGUUUUUUUCUUGUGCUGCCUGUCAGCUACUGGCACACGUUCAGUUUUUAGGCAUUGCAGUUUUUAGACUACUUUAUUCUGUGGCGUUUACUUGCUUCUUGGCCACUCCACCGGCUCACUUCGUUUUUUCUCUUCCCACAACGAUCUGUGGUUUUGGUGCUUGUCCACAUAUUUCCGCCUGCAUUGGAAAUUAAAGCUUCCGUUUUAAUUUCUCCUGCUUGCUCUCUGGCUGCCCCGUUGGAACGGUCCGGUCAGGACAAAAAGGCGCAGUAUAGAGCGGAGCGCGUCUUCUUCGCCUUUAUGUUGGCGCACAUACAGAGAGGCGGACCCAUUGCGCACCGCACCGCUCCUUCACGCACACAUGGGCAUGGAUACGCACGCUCACAUGCACGUGCACAGACAUGAAUGCACAUUCAUACACGCAGCGCUUUUCCCUCUGCGUACAUACCUAGCGUUUGAUUGCAAUGAAACACCAGUUUCCUCUUGAGUCCAAAGCAGAAACGCGUUUACCGUUCUCCCAUCCACCCUUUACAAGUUCAUUUUUAACAUGCACAAGGCGGACACCCACUAAGGAAACCAUCGCAGAAACAUUCCCAUCUAAAAGAUGAGAGAAAUUGGCCUCAGCGGAUCUUCCGUCGGUCAUCGGAAUUGCGAGUGCAGGGUCGGGGCGGAGGGCACCGGGGAGAGAGGACAAGGAGAGGCCGGGGAGGAGGAACUCUCAGCCGGACUGCCCGCCGCGGAACAGCCGCUGCUACCGGUGCUCAAGAAGCAGCCUGCUGUUGCCAGGGGGAGGCGGGGGGAAGAUGAACAGUGCCUCAGUGUGAAAUUAUAACACUCAGCUGGCUUUGGGAGUGUUUGUUUUUCUGUCGUUUUACCUCUCACUAAUUAGUCUGAAAAUGCCAGAUAACGAACAGUGGCCUACUUAAUAGCUGUCAUCCUGUACACUUUUCAACGUGGCACUUUUGGGUCACCUUAAAGGUAAAUUCAGCACUUUGGAGAAGUAAAGUCCUGCAGUUGCUAAUUUACCUGUUCAGGACCCUUUGGAAGGACAUCCUCCCACUUAAAGGCCACUUACACGAGUUUACCUUUGUGUAAUGGUUACAUUUUCUUGAUAGUUUAAGGUGUUGUAGUUGAUAAAUCAGAUUAACUGAAGAUAAAAAUCCUAAUAAUAUAUUCCUGUAAUCUUUAUAUAGGGACUUCUAGUGUGUCUGUGGUACUUAGUAGUGAGUUUUUGGUCACCAUAUUGCACUUGAUGGUAUUUUUAUCUAUCUUAAAUAUUACUAGACUACAAUAUUUCUUUAAAUAAUAUAUAUAAAUAUAUAGUUUAUAGUUUUCUGUGAUAUUUGUAUGGCAUUGUAUUUCAAAUUUAUUAUAAGAUCACUAUAGUUCUUUUACUAUUAUACCUUUAGAAUUCACUUACUCUUAGAUAUAUCCAGAUACCUUGAAGAAGCCCUGUUUCCAGGUGCCUUGGUAGUGGAGGCUGGCAAUUUAUCAUUUAUUCAUAUACGUAUUUGUCUAUGAAAUAUUUAAAGGUCAUGGAUUGAAUUAAGGCCAACAUUGCAAAAUGGAAGUGUUUUGCUGUACUGGGUUUUUGUAGUGGAAUCAAUUUCACUGGCUUUGCUUUAGUUAGAGUCCUCUUGGUUUCUGUUUUUUUCUAGGCUAAUUUGAGUGCUGACUAUCUGAGCAAUACUUCUCUGUCUGGAAUUUGAACCCAGCCUUAUAAACCCUCCAGAGGACCUGCUUUUCAAACACAUGUGUGUCAUGAAACUUAUCGGCAGGUGCCAUUUGCAGAUACACCAACACGCUCAGUUAUUUAUAGAUGUUAAUAUCACUGUGUACUUUUGGAGUAUCGAUUCAGAACAAGUGUCAAUACUCGGUGGAAUGUAACACACAAACUACGGAGCUGCUGCACUUUCAAACAGACAUCAAGACUCAGUGGAAUACAGGCUGAAGUCCGCAAAUGCAUCUCCAGUCUUAGCUGGCAUCAGCUUACUGUGGGGUCACAUAGACUGGAAACCCAGAGACCUUGUCUCAAGAAGUCUGGAUACAAAGCAAAGCAAGCCCCACCUGAUCUAGAUCAUCGCGCCCGGCGGAAGAGCAUAGCCACAGGAAAGCAGCCGAGCAUGGAGGUCCCUCCCACUGCCCCCCUUCAACCCUUCCGACAAUCCAGUUUCCUCAGUAGAAGGUUGAAGGGCUCGAUCAAGAGGGCUAAGAGUCAGCCCAAACUGGACCGAACCAGCAGUUUCCGCCACAUGAUCCUCCCCCGCUUCCGCAGUGCCGACCAAGACAGGACCCGUUUGAUGCAGAGCUUCAAAGAGUCCCACUCCCAUGAGUCCUUGCUGUCUCCCAGCAGUGCUGCCGAGGCACUGGACCUCACUCUGGAUGAGGACGCCAUCAUCAAACCUGUCCACUCGAGCAUCCUGGGACAAGAGUACUGCUUUGAGGUGACUACGGCAUCAGGAACCAAGUGCUUUGCGUGUCGCUCAGCUGCAGAGAGAGACAAAUGGAUCGAGAACCUGCAGAGAGCUGUCAAGCCCAACAAGGACAACAGCCGGAGGGUGGACAAUGUGCUCAAGCUGUGGAUCAUAGAGGCACGCGAGCUUCCAGCCAAGAAACGCUACUACUGCGAACUUUGUCUGGACGACAUGCUGUACGCACGCACCACCAGCAAGCCGCGCACCGACACCGUUUUCUGGGGCGAGCACUUUGAAUUCAACAACCUGCCAGCCGUCCGCAAUCUACGCCUUCAUCUAUACAAAGAGACAGACAAGAAGAGACGCAAGGAAAAGAGCACAUACUUAGGACUUGUAAGCAUCCCCAUCUCAAGCAUAACUGGACGUCAGUUUGUGGAGCAGUGGUACCCGGUCAUCCAGCCCAGCGUCCUCACCAAGGGAGCUGGUGUGGGAGGGGGGAAGAUCAUCAACGCAUCCCUACGCCUCAAAUCACGCUUUCAGACCAUGAACAUCCUGCCCAUGGAGCUGUACAAGGAGUUUGCAGAGUACGUCACCAAUAACUACCGCACCAUGUGUGCUGUGCUGGAGCCUGUGCUGAGUGUCAAGAGCAAAGAGGAAGUGGCCUGUGCAUUGGUGCAUAUACUGCAAAGCACAGGGAAAGCUAAGGACUUCCUGUCAGACAUGGCGAUGUGCGAGGUAGACAGAUUCAUCGACCGAGAACACCUUAUCUUCAGAGAGAACACUCUGGCCACCAAAGCCAUAGAAGAGUACCUCAAACUGAUCGGACAUAAGUACCUCAAGGACGCUAUAGGGGAGUUCAUAAGAGCCUUGUAUGAAUCAGAGGAAAAUUGCGAAGUGGACCCCAUGAGAACACCACCCUCUGUACUCCCAGACCACCAAGCCAAUCUUCGAAUGUGCUGUGAACUGGCACUCUGCAAGAUCGUUAACUCACAUUGUGUUUUCCCUCGAGAGCUGAAGGAAGUUUUUGCCUCAUGGAGAGUGCGCUGUGCAGAGAGAGGCCGGGAAGACAUCGCCGACCGUCUCAUCAGUGGUUCCCUCUUCCUGCGCUUCCUGUGUCCUGCCAUUAUGUCCCCAUCGCUCUUCAAUCUCACCCAGGAGUAUCCCGAUGAGCAGACAUCACGCACGCUCACCCUCAUCGCGAAAGUGGUGCAGAACCUGGCUAACUUUUCCAAGUUUGGCAAUAAAGAGGAGUACAUGUGUUUCAUGAAUGAGUUUUUAGAGAUGGAGUGGGGCUCCAUGCAGCAGUUCCUGUAUGAGAUCUCCAACCUGGACAGUGUGAGCAAUGCAGGCGGCUUUGAGGGAUACAUCGACCUAGGCAGGGAGCUGUCCAUACUGCACAGUCUCCUCUGGGAGGUCAUGGCUCAGCUCAGCAAGGAUGCCAUCAUCAAACUGGGUCCUUUGCCUCGCCUCUUGAAUGACAUCAGUAUGGCCUUGCGUAACCCACACCUCCAGAGGCAGCCCAGCCAUCAGACAGACAGGGUGCAGGACAGACAGGCAGACAGGCUGCUGUCACGGCCGAGCUUCAACAGGGGCAUCUCAUCCGAGUUCCAAAAUCUCAUGAUGAGGGAUCUUAAUAGCUCUAUAGAUAUCACUCGCUUGCCUUCCCCUACCUCCACUGGAGGGGUCAUGCCAUCCCGCUCCCAGAUGAGUUUUCAGGACCGUGACCACCCUCAUCGAGCAUCCUCCAAAGACAUGUUUUACGUAUCACGCCCUCCCCUGGCCCGAUCCAGCCCAGCAUAUUGCACAAGCAGCUCGGACAUCACAGAACCAGACCCUAAGGCCUCCAUCGCCGGCAUGGGCAGCUUCGGAGGGCUGAGCAGCGGAGGCGGUGGCGGCCUGGGGUCGGGCCUGAGCAGCCAGCUGCGGGCCGGUGGGAGGUUGUCAGCUGGCUCUGGCGGCUCCAGCAUGUCCGGCGGUCUUCGGCUGAGCCAGCUGAGCCAGAUGGGCACCACCACCGACUCGCUAUCCCAGCAGCAGCAACAGCAGGCCGCCGCCAUGCGCUACCCGCUUUCCUUCCAGAAUCCCCUCUUUCAUCUGGCGACUGCUGAUGGGCCUCAACAGCAACAGCUCCAUCACCAGCACAGCCGGGUUCAACCUCCAGCACCCCUGCUCCUGGCGCCAGACCCUGAGCCCUCUCACCAGACCUACAUCCCACAGUUCGCCCAUGGGGGGUUCUCUCGCAGCGAGGACCUGUCUACCCUCAGGACCAGGGACGGUCACCUGGGCCAACCCAGCAUCAUCCACUCACACAGCUACAGUGACGACUACAGCAGGGCUGAAUAUUCACGCAGGCAGAUGUCCAUGCAAGUGCAGGAUAACCUCCAACAGCAACAACAAAUGAUGGGCAUGACCUCCCAGACCGGAACCUCUCAUUCCUCUCUGGCCACCACACCCCCCUCCACAGUCCAACCCAUGCGCCAGAGUUCUGUUGCCCCACCUCCCACCCAGCGCGUCAAGUCCCAGACCUCCCAUCAGCUGUCCGUCAGCGCAGCUGCCGCACCUGCACCGGCUAAAACACGGCCACAAAGUGGGAAUCUACUCCAGUCACCAGAGUCCGGCUACAGCGGCAGGCAGCACGGGUCCCGGCAGCUGUCCGUCAAAGACAACACUGCCCCGGGCCUGCCUCACCAGCAGAGCUCUGUCAGGGAAAGCCAGAGUCCACAGGGAACCACAAGUCAGAGCACUCAACAGUCACCACAGCAACAGUCUCAGCAACAGAAACAGCACCUGCUCAAACCCACCAUGAGCAAACAGGUCGCCCAGUCUCCAUCUACCCUCAAUCCCCCAACCCCAGCCAAUGAGCGAACAGUGGCCUGGGUCUCCAACAUGCCUCAUCUGUCGGCUGACAUUGAAAGUUCGCGAAUUGACCGUGAAGAGUUCAAACUAAAGGAGUACUCAAAGAGUAUGGAUGAGUCACGCAUGGACAGGGUACGGGAGUACGAGGAGGAGAUCAACUCCCUGAAGGAGCGUCUGGUGAUGUCCCACAAAAAGCUGGAGGAGUACGAGCGGAGGCUCCUCACGCAGGAGCAGCAGACCAAUAAGAUCCUCCUACAGUACCAAAAUCGACUUGAUGACAGUGAGAGGAGGCUACGCCUACAGCAAGUGGAGAAAGACUCCCAAAUUAAAGGAAUAAUUAGCAGACUCAUGGCUGUGGAGGAUGAGUUAAGGGGAGGACCAGUGAUUGAGCCAAAAACCAGGAUUUUCGCUGAUCAGGGGAGGCGUCAGUCCAUCCUAGUGCAGCCCCGUCUCGCGCCUGUCCCACCCCGAGUAUCCAGCCACUCUCAAAGCUUCAUGGAGGACAAUGUGGAACCUAAUUGGCUGAUGCACCAUCGGCAGUCCACAGGUUGGCAUGGCCAAAUGUCCAGAGCCCUCUCUCGUGACGCGAUUGGCUGACAAAGGGAGAACUUGGGGCAUUGGUCCCAUUCUCUUUGCUCAAAGGAUGGUGCAGAGCCCCAGCGGACCAUGUAAGGAAAUGCUGGGGUUUUUUUGUUUUUGUUUUUUUACCUAACUUGGGCCCUCUCUCUCUCUGAUAUGAAAACAGGAUUUUUUAAAAUGUGUUGGGCACUCUUGCUUGGAUCUACAUUUUACUUUUAAAAGGUAGGCUGGAGUCAUAUUGGUAUAUGUUAGCCUGCCAAGCAUGCAAAGAACAGCUAUGCAGUCUGAUCAAUCAGCAGAACGGAGGAACACAAAGGCCAAGGAAGGCGUGAUGCUCAAAAUGAGAGAGAGGGGAGGUAUAUUGUGGGUAAGAUGUAUUUCAAAGGUGCUUGACUUUCGGUCAAAGCUGAUUUACUUUCAAAGCAUUUAUUUCAGUCUAUCUCUCUCUCUUAGUCUUUUAAAAUUAUCCUUUGAUUCCUCUUCAUCUAUUCACUCUUUAUCUAUCUAGGAUUCUCAAGCAUUAUUUAACCACUUAAUUUUUACUCCAUGUUAGGCACACUUGAUUUCUUUUUCGAUUCAUAGUUUUAGCUCUUCCGUUCCAAUCUCUUUCAGGCUUUAUUUUUAAAGGAAACUAAAUAUGCACAGCCUAAUACAGCAAGAGAAACUGUUUCUGAACAAAACUCUUGCUUCAGUGAAGACUUUGAAAAACCGGACAGAAUGUUAUUAUUUAUAUUUCUAUGAUACUGCUUCUUCUUACAAUAGUAUAAAAAACUCUUCAUCAGAUAUCUUCCGGAACAGAUAUUUAUUUCUUGAUAUAGAUAGAUGCCUCUAUCUAAUGGAAGUUCAUAAAUAAUCCAUUUUAUAUGAACCAAGUUUUCUUACUAAGACAAUCUUGUGGAGAGAAUCAUUGCCCUAAAGGACUGUGACAAAAGGGACAAACUUGUGUUAUACCUACUCCCCUUACAGCAUUUUGCACGUUGCUGUGACCUUUGCCCUCCUUCUUCUUAGUUAUAAUCAUUCAAAACAAAACAGAAAAAAUGGACGGAUGUUUCUUGCCCAACAAUCGCCAUGGAGCUCUCCAUUUACGGACGAUGUGAAAGUCUUUGGAUGAGGACAUUCUUAAAGCUAUUGUUUUGUACUCCACUUCGACUAUCUGUCUGUAGAGUUUUAACCGACAGAGGAUGAACUCUUGGUUUCAGUGUGGCCACAUUUCUGCAGUCAAAUUGGUGUAAAACUCCCCAUUUAUUUCUAUGGAUGGACUCCACUGACACCAGUCUGAGUUGAAAUCCCUGCCAUUUCCACUUAUGACUGAAACAGAGAGAGAUAUGUUAGAGGUCCUGCUGAAACGAGUGUAUGUGUUUGUAUAUAAGUGUGUGUACUGACUAAAUCUUUGUAUAUAUACUGGAUAAAUGUGUAUAUAUGGUAUGUCUAUGUGUAUAUACAGUUUGUUUGUAUAUGCAGAGUGUACAGUUAUUUUUCCUCUAAUGUUUCUCUCUCUUUCUAUGAAUAGGUCUUCUCAAGUUACCAAUACUGAGGCAUGGAAAGGUUUUUAAAUGUAUCGAGCUAUCAGAGGCACUUUCUGUGCAGACAUCAGAAUAUCAGCAAGGUCUGUCACUUAUAGCUGCAUUCUUAAAGCUCUCAUACAAGAAGUAAGUCACAUAAUCUUAAGCUUGCACUCAUUUUCUGACCAACUAAAAAGCUUUUCUAAGUAGAUUUGGGUGACCAAGCAAUGUUUGUACAUAUAUAGACUAAGAAAAUUUUUCCAGAAACCUCCAUCUGCAUUUCUUUGAAAAUUCUCAACCUGUUUUGAGUUCUUGCGUAUCUGACUUUCACUUUAGGUUCCUUGCGUAUAUGUUUGCAACGGUUGUCAUUCAGAGUUAUAUAUUUAUUCCGACAACCCUUAUAUAUUUCUUGAAAUUUUGUUCCCCAAAUUCUGCCUCUCAUGGAUCCUUCUAACCAUUUAUUGGUAAGACUGGCAAAUCCUUCCAUGAAAUUAUACUGUCAUUACUUAACAUUGCUUGUUUUUGUAUAGGUCCUUACUAAAUAAGUGUGCCUCCCCCCUUAUACUCUUACUAACCUUAGAUCCAUUAGCUCCGCUGGUCACUCAUCUUCAUACUCCUUUACAAGCCAUAGCCCCCCUUCCCCAAAACUCUUCUAUUGUUGUUUUGACUGGACAGACAUUUGGGGAUUUUGUGUAUAUUAAUGGAAGAGUGGUGUUGAAGAGUGUAUUGCAGUUGUAUAUGGAUUUGUUAUGAAUGUGGAUAUUCUGAUCAUUGAAUUAUUAUUGUAAUAAUGAUAAUAAUUAUUGCCACUUUUGUUGAUUACUUCCUUUGAUGCGGUUGAUGAAGAUGCCAUUGUUCCAUUUUUUUCCCUUUUUUUCUUUUGGAAUACACCGGAAUUUAUAUUUUUCGGGUGGGUGAAUCUGGAGAUAGAAAUACGUAAAUAAAUUAAUAAAUAAACAAAUAACGAAAUUCUUAA